ACCCGCAGACAGUCAGAGGACGAGGAGGUGGAAGUCGUCUACACUGAUGUCCAAACUAACAGUGGCAGGAUGUUGUUAACGCCGUUUCCUCCUCUGCAGGGGGCGGAGCUGGGGAGCAGCAAGCUGGUGAUGAGGUACCCAGACCGUUGGGUCCAGCGCACCCUGCCCCCCCCACAAAGGACCAACACCAGCCUCGGCUCCAACGUUGCGGGAACACAGCAGAGCUUAUUCGCCCCGGGGUCCAGACGGUGUGUUCCUAUAGAUGGAGACGAGUGCUUCUACUGGCGGACAACAGGCUGUUUCUAUGGCGACAAGUGCCGCUUCAAACACAUACCAGACGAACAAGGUCGAGACAAAAAAACAUGGCAACCCUAACUGUGUCCUCUACCCUCCCAACCCCUCCACCCGGGCUCAUUAAAGAAGAAGAAGAAGAAGAAGAAGAAGAAGAAGCCUGAGAACACUGACAGCUGAAUGUGUGUGUGAUCAGAGGGGGGGAUUAUGGUAUGUAUGUGAUAGCCAAAGAAAGGACUUGUGACUGACAAGAUGAGGAAGUUUACAGCGUCCUCAGAAAGACGCUUGCUGUAAGGAGGUCCUCGAAGGAAUUUAAUUUAUUGGAAGUGUCUGGAAUACCCUGAUGAACUCCUGGUCUCUGCGUGGAGAUCUGCGCUCGGUGGGAAGUACGUCAGCCGUCAUCAGGAUUUACUUGGACAAAUACGGCCGGUUGAACCAUAUUGGAAACGCUACAAAACCCAGCUCAGUGACAAACUGUGUCUUUAACACCGCCGUGAAACUGCUUUAACGUCAAGAGUUAUUUUCAUAUCUUUUCGAGAGGUGAUUUAAAAAUGUUUGGACAUAACAAUAAAUGAAUGAAACCCACAUUAAAAAGCUUUUGGGUUUACUCAGCACCCUCAGUGUUCCUCGCUGCCACUCUGUCCAUGUGACCUGUAAACCAAUGAAUCAGCACCUGCAGACAUUGCUAAUGCAUCGUGUCUCCGCUCGUCUGUUAUGAUUGAACCCUGUUCUACACGUGAAUGCUUUGGGACUGAUACUAAAUUAAAUAGUUUAUCUACAUUUUGCAGCAACAUGCUGUUUGUUCAACUACAUCCAUAUUUGCAUAGCGAUUAAGUUUAAUUACUUUUUUACUGAAACUAUAAACUAACAUUUUGGGCCAUAAAAGGAAAGGAGUGAUUUUGUAUCCGACCCUUCCUUCCCCAGCUCCGCCCCCUUUAUCUUUAACCGCGCGUGACCUUUGACCUCAGUGCCCGGCCAGAUGUCACAGAACAAACAGGCCUCAUUAUUUUAGACGGGCGCUCAAACUAGUCAAACGGUCACAAAAAAAGUGCAAGUUGAAUAUUUUCUAGAAGGGAAGUUUAUUUGUUUGUUUCUGUCUGUGAACAAGUGGACUUUUUAAAUAAACUUCACAUUUUUUGUUGACUUUUUGUUUUAUAUUCUGUUAUAAUUUAUAAUUAGAUUAGUUUUUUCAAAGUAGUUUGAAUUAGUUUUAUCUUUAGUUUACCAAACUAUAUUUCUCCUUUGGCUUUACUGUAGUUCACUUCCUUUGUGAGGUAGCUUCACUGUUUACAGGCCGCAGACGUAUUCUUAAGUUUUGUUUUCCGAUAAUGUGAAGCAGAAGAAAGCCGUGCCACAUUUGAACAAACUCUGCCAACCACAAUGGUGUCACACGGCCACAUCCUUCUUAAGUUGACGUUGAUGUGCUCGACCUACCUGCUGUGUUAGCAGAGAGGAGCAGCGAUGGGUGUAACAGCAGCAACCAGUGGAUUUGUUGUCCUCUUUCUUUCUGUUUCAGUGGUACAAAGCAGCAGCAGGUUGACUUACAUUUCUGCACACAUCUGUGCUGUGAGAGGAUCAACAGUGGACAUACGCUGCGCCUGCAGACGUCCGUCCACAGUAAGAAGGAGUUCUGUCCCAGUGGAGAAAAUAUUAUGGUUUACUGACAUGCAGGAUGAAGGACCUGUGGAUCUGAGCACAGACUCGGAGUACGCAGGUCGUGUGAAGUAUUACUGUGAUAAGACGACCUGCACUUUAAGAAUCACAGACCUGCGAGAGAGCGACUCGGCCGAGUACAAGUUCAAGUUCAAAGACAAACCAAGCAGGAGAUUCACCAGGUCACCAGGAGUCACUCUAUCUGUCACAGAUCCAGAUGUGCAGGUGCAGGUGAGUAGAUCGUUUUCUCCCUGGGCAGAGCUGCAGUGUCACAGCACCUGUCAUCUGCCUGAUCGUCCUUCAUACCUCUGGUACAAGAACGGACAGAACCUUCAGGAGGAAACUUCUUCUUCAUAUUCAGACUACGUUGAUGCUGCAGACAGCUUUUCCUGUGCUGUGAAAGGACACGAGGGUUUCCCUGCUCCUUCAGUGUGUGUCUAUGGUCAAAGCUGCCACAGAGUGACUUACACUGACAGAAGCAUCUGCGCCCCCUCAGGCUCUUCAGUGGACAUUUCUUGCACUUACUACAGUGUUGGAUCUGUCACAUCUAAAUUCUGGUUCAGUCCUGAGCGUAGUCAUCAGUGGGGGGAUCCUAACAAACCUCAGGACCUCAGUGAAGACUCCCAGUACACAGGUCGUGUUCAGGUCCUACCAGCAGAGAGAGGACGCUCCACUCUGAGGAUCUCUGACCUGAGAGCGACAGAUUCAGCUCAGUAUCACUUCAGAUACAAGACACGAGGCUUUGAAUGGAGGAGCAGUUUACCUGGUACCACUCUGACUGUCACAGAUGCAGAUGUGCAGGUGCAGGUGCAGGUGAGUAGAUCGUUUUCUCCCUGGGCAGAGCUGCAGUGUCACAGCACCUGUCAUCUGCCUGAUCGUCCUUCAUACCUCUGGUACAAGAACGGACAGAACCUUCAGGAGGAAACUUCUUCUUCAUAUUCAGACUACGUUGAUGCUGCAGACAGCUUUUCCUGUGCUGUGAAAGGACACGAGGGUUUCCCUGCUCCUUCAGUGUGUGUCUAUGGUCAAAGCUGCCACAGAGUGACUUACACUGACAGAAGCAUCUGCGCCCCCUCAGGCUCUUCAGUGGACAUUUCUUGCACUUACUACAGUGUUGGAUCUGUCACAUCUAAAUUCUGGUUCAGUCCUGAGCGUAGUCAUCAGUGGGGGGAUCCUAACAAACCUCAGGACCUCAGUGAAGACUCCCAGUACACAGGUCGUGUUCAGGUCCUACCAGCAGAGAGAGGACGCUCCACUCUGAGGAUCUCUGACCUGAGAGCGACAGAUUCAGCUCAGUAUCACUUCAGAUACAAGACACGAGGCUUUGAAUGGAGGAGCAGUUUACCUGGUACCACUCUGACUGUCACAGAUGCAGAUGUGCAGGUGCAGGUGCAGGUGAGUAGAUCGUUUUCUCCCUGGGCAGAGCUGCAGUGUCACAGCACCUGUCAUCUGCCUGAUCGUCCUUCAUACCUCUGGUACAAGAACGGACAGAACCUUCAGGAGGAAACUUCUUCUUCAUAUUCAGACUACGUUGAUGCUGCAGACAGCUUUUCCUGUGCUGUGAAAGGACACGAGGGUUUCCCUGCUCCUUCAGUGUGUGUCUAUGGUCAAAGCUGCCACAGAGUGACUUACACUGACAGAAGCAUCUGCGCCCCCUCAGGCUCUUCAGUGGACAUUUCUUGCACUUACUACAGUGUUGGAUCUGUCACAUCUAAAUUCUGGUUCAGUCCUGAGCGUAGUCAUCAGUGGGGGGAUCCUAACAAACCUCAGGACCUCAGUGAAGACUCCCAGUACACAGGUCGUGUUCAGGUCCUACCAGCAGAGAGAGGACGCUCCACUCUGAGGAUCUCUGACCUGAGAGCGACAGAUUCAGCUCAGUAUCACUUCAGAUACAAGACACGAGGCUUUGAAUGGAGGAGCAGUUUACCUGGUACCACUCUGACUGUCACAGAUGCAGAUGUGCAGGUGCAGGUGAUCUGGUCUCCUUCUGGUCCAAAGCUGCUUUGUCACAGCAGCUGUCUUCUCACCGGACGUUCUUCCUUUGUUUGGUACAAGAAUGAAACGAUGAUUCAGGAAGAAACAUCUGCUUCUUAUGGACAAGACGUUCAUGCUGCAGACAGUUAUUCCUGUGCUUACCAGAGUUACCGCUCUGCUGCAGUGUAUGCUCCGAGGCUUCCCUCUGUGUCACUGAGUCCCUCUGGGGACAUUAUGAAGAACGAUUCAGUGACUCUGAGCUGUAGCAGUGAUGCUAACCCAGCAGCUAAAUACACCUGGUACAAGGGGGAACAACUGUUCAUUGAGAAACAACAGCUCGUCUUCAGCUCCAUCCAGUCCUCUCACUCUGACCAGUACUACUGUGAAGCUGAGAACGAGCUGGGGAGGAGGACGUCUCAAUAUGUCUUUAUUAAUGUGAAAUAUGGUCCAAAGCUUCCCUCUGUGUCAGUGAGUCCCUCUGCUGAGAUAGAGGAGGGCAGUUCAGUGACUCUGAGCUGUAGCAGUGAUGCUAACCCAGCAGCUACGUAUACCUGGUACAAGGGGAAGCAACAACUGCUUCAGGGAACAGAAGGGAGUUAUCACUUCACCUCCAUCAGCUCUGAGGACAGAGGGAUCUACUACUGCAAGUCUGAGAAUCAACAUGGACACAUCAUGUCAUCGUCUCUCUCAGUAGAUGUCCAGUAUGGUCCAAAGCUUCCCUCUGUGUCAGUGAGUCCCUCUGCUGAGAUAGAGGAGGGCAGUUCAGUGACUCUGAGCUGUAGCAGUGAUGCUAACCCAGCAGCUAACUAUACCUGGUACAAGGAGGAUGGAAACCUCAAACCUCUUAGUGAAGAUCCACAGCUCGUCUUCAGCUCCCUCCGGUCCUCUGACUCUGGACAGUAUCAGUGCAGAGCUCAGAACAAGCUGGGGAUGAAGACGUCUAAAAGCAUCUCUAUUGAUGUGAAAUAUGGUCCAAAGCUUCCCUCUGUGUCAGUGAGUCCCUCUGCUGAGAUAGAGGAGGGCCGUUCAGUGACUCUGAGCUGUAGCAGUGAUGCUAACCCAGCAGCUAACGUAUACCUGAUUCCUCUGGAGGUGGCAGCGUUCAUCGUCAGAAGAAGGAGGACAUCGAAGCAAACCACCGAGCCUGGAGAGAGACCGGACAACAGAGCCCAGAUAAACUCGGUGAGUGACAGCCCUUCAGCUGCAGCACAGAAAACACCAGCAGAGCAGGAGCAGGAGCUUUGCUAUGCCACCGUGAACUUCUCCAAGAACCAGGAAGACCCUCUCUACUCCAACAUCAGGCUGCACAGACACCAGGAAGACCCUCUCUACUCCAACAUCAGGCUGCACAGACACCAGGAAGAGGAGGAUGUGGACUACACCACUGUCCAAUACUCACAGUAUGCAGGUCGUGUUCAGUAUCACUGUGAUUCUAACAACAUCUGCACUCUGAGAAUCACAGACGUGAGAGAGAGCGACUCAGCUGACUACAAGUUCAGCUUCAUAACAAACCAUCCAGGUGGAAGAUUUACUGGAUCACCUGGAGUCACUUUGUCUGUCAAAGGUUUCCAGGUGCAGGAGAGAAUAACAUCCUCAUGCAAUGUUGAGAACUGUAAAUAUGGAACCCUGAAGUGUCUCAGCAGCUGUCGUCCAACUCGUCACCCUUCCUACAUCUGGUACCGCAAUGGACAGAUAAUAAAUGGCAAACAUGAAUAUAUUUAUCCAUAUACAUACUUUUAUCCUGAAGACAGUUAUUCCUGUGCUGCACAAGGAUAUGAGGAAUCCGCCGCUCCCUCAGUGUGUGUCUAUGGUCAAAGCUGCCACAGAGUGACUUACACUGACAGAAGCAUCUGCGCCCCCUCAGGCUCUUCAGUGGACAUUUCUUGCACUUACUACAGUGUUGGAUCUGUCACAUCUAAAUUCUGGUUCAGUCCUGAGCGUAGUCAUCAGUGGGGGGAUCCUAACAAACCUCAGGACCUCAGUGAAGACUCCCAGUACACAGGUCGUGUUCAGGUCCUACCAGCAGAGAGAGGACGCUCCACUCUGAGGAUCUCUGACCUGAGAGCGACAGAUUCAGCUCAGUAUCACUUCAGAUACAAGACACGAGGCUUUGAAUGGAGGAGCAGUUUACCUGGUACCACUCUGACUGUCACAGAUGCAGAUGUGCAGGUGCAGGUGAUCUGGUCUCCUUCUGGUCCAAAGCUGCUUUGUCACAGCAGCUGUCUUCUCACCGGACGUUCUUCCUUUGUUUGGUACAAGAAUGAAACGAUGAUUCAGGAAGAAACAUCUGCUUCUUAUGGACAAGACGUUCAUGCUGCAGACAGUUAUUCCUGUGCUUACCAGAGUUACCGCUCUGCUGCAGUGUAUGCUCCGAGGCUUCCCUCUGUGUCACUGAGUCCCUCUGGGGACAUUAUGAAGAACGAUUCAGUGACUCUGAGCUGUAGCAGUGAUGCUAACCCAGCAGCUAAAUACACCUGGUACAAGGGGGAACAACUGUUCAUUGAGAAACAACAGCUCAUCUUCAGCUCCAUCCAGUCCUCUCACUCUGACCAGUACUACUGUGAAGCUGAGAACGAGCUGGGGAGGAGGACGUCUCAAUAUGUCUUUAUUAAUGUGAAAUAUGGUCCAAAGCUUCCCUCUGUGUCAGUGAGUCCCUCUGCUGAGAUAGAGGAGGGCAGUUCAGUGACUCUGAGCUGUAGCAGUGAUGCUAACCCAGCAGCUAACUAUACCUGGUACAAGGGGAAGCAAACACUGCUUCAGGGAACAGAAGGGAGUUAUCACUUCACCUCCAUCAGCUCUGAGGACAGAGGGAUCUACUACUGCAAGUCUGAGAAUCAACAUGGACACAUCAUGUCAUCGUCUCUCUCAGUAGAUGUCCAGUAUGGUCCAAAGCUUCCCUCUGUGUCAGUGAGUCCAUCUGCUGAGAUAGAGGAGGGCAGUUCAGUGACUCUGAGCUGUAGCAGUGAUGCUAACCCAGCAGCUAACUAUACCUGGUACAAGGAGGAUGAAGACUCACCAAAAGAAUCAGGACAGAACUUCACCAUCACUGACUUCAGAUCUGAACACAGUGGGAAUUAUUGCUGUGUAGCUCAGAACAGCAGAGGACGUCGUGACUCCACCUUACAGCUGACUGUUGGAGCAGGUGCAUGGACAUCAGCAGCGACAGGAUCCAUCACUGCUGUUCUGCUGGCUUUCACGUUCCUCGCCGUCGUCCUAUGGAUUAGGAGAAGAAAGUCCAUCACACAACAGUCUGCAAAAAGACCCGACACCAGAGAACAGCUGAACCUGGAUCAGGUGCAGGACGACCUUCACUACUCCAGCAUCCGCUUCCCUCAGAACCAGGAAGAGGCUCUCUACUCCAACGUCGGAGCAGCUCAGACCCGCAGACAGUCAGAGGACGAGGAGGUGGAAGUCGUCUACACUGCUGUCCAAACUAACAGUGGCAGGAAUGCCCCGGGACGUCAAGGUGGUGGUGAGGAUGUGUCUGCGGUGUACAGCACAGUCAACAAAUGAACACGACAUGGAUCGUCUGUUAAUAUUCAUGGAUGUUUGUCACCUUGUUGAAGCAUGAAGCCUCGCUGAGGUCACAUAAUGUCCAUCAGGACAGAUGUGCAGCGCAGCAUCAUUGGUCAUUUUCUCUUUAAUUGUCCCAAAUAAAACCCUGCUUGUGUUUAACCGUAGAGACGAUCAGAGGUUUCCUCCUGCAUAGACAAAUAAUAGAAGGGUCCUUGUUUGUUUUUGUCAUUUUGCUGAGCUUGUCACAAAGAUCCUGUAUCGGCCUGCGAGAGUGCAUGAAUGAUGAAUAUCAUGAAGAUGAACUACAAUUAAAAUACAGUAUUGGUGUUUGUCAGA